UAUACCAAAAAGUGAAGUCCACUAGUUCUCACUCCUCUCCACCGUGAAGCACGCUUCUUAUAACACUCCAGUCUCCUUUCGACGUUCCCUUUUCACACGAGAAGAAAUCGAGUAUAUAGUUCCACCCACCAUACAUCUCGGGUGUGAAGUUUCCCUUAUCUUUCCCUUGUUCAAGCCUUCUGUUUUUCGUGGCUCACUUUUCAGAAAUGAGUCUUGAGGAUGAUGGGCGAUUCUCCAUUGAUAAGAAAACCCCGUUUCUAAAGUACCUUGAUUGUUUCCUGAGGAUUUCUGCAGUCCCAUUAAGUGUUGCCACCAUUUGGUUGACCGCCACCAACCAGCAAGACAACACUUACUAUGGGAAGAUCGAGUUCCAGAAUUUCCUGGGGCUCAAGUACAUGGUUUGGAUCAGUGGGAUAUGUGCUACUUAUGCUUUUGCGUCUGCUGCGUGUACAUUACUCAAAUCCUUGGUGGCUAAAGCAUGGCUGUUCUUCAUCCCUGACCAGAUCAUAGCCUAUUUGAUGGUCACAUCUGGGGCAGCAGUGCUAGAGAUACUGUAUCUGGCUUACAAAGGGGAUCUAGGGGUCACCUGGAGUGAAGCCUGCACUUCGUAUGGGAGGUUUUGCAGUAAAGUGAAGCUGGCACUGAUCCUGCUUUUAGCACUUUGCUGUUUCCUUACUCUAGCAGUAAUAUCAGGGUAUAGGGCCUUUAGCAUCUAUGAGCCUCCGUCCGUAUCGUCCAAAGAAGCGGAAGAAGACAGAGCUUAAUGCCUGCUUUUACCUUGGGCCCUUGCUUUAUGUACCGCGUGAGAAGCUAUUUAUAAUAACACAGCCUUUUAUAUCCUA